UGCUCUAUCUUUCCGUCUCUCUAAAAUGAGUGCCUCCUCUUCUUCUUCCCUUUUCCGUCUCUUCACAAUUAUCAUCACACUUUCCAUUAAUUUGUACACAAGCACCAGCUGCUUCACUUCCAUCGUCAGCUUCGGCGACUCGCUGACCGACACCGGGAACUAUCUCCUCUCUCAAGCCGAGCCCGACGGUGUUGUCGGUCACCUCCCUUACGGCGAGACCUACUUCCAUCAACCCACCGGUCGAUUUUCUGAUGGCCGAAUCAUUCUCGACUUCAUAGCCGAGGCAAUGGGAUUGCCUCACGUGCGGCCGGUUCUUGGCGGAUUACGGGACCGUGUGUUCCCGCACGGCGUGAAUUUUGCGGUCGGAGGAGCGACUGCGGUCGAGAGCGGCUUCUUUUCGGAGAGGGGAAUCGAGGCCGGUGUCAAUUUUUCGUUAGAUGUUCAGAUUGAAUGGUUCAAACAGCUGUUGCCUUCUCUAUGUUCCUUUCAUUGUUCAGACGGUAGUUGUGAUUUAAGCAAGACACUUUUCUUUGUGGGGGAGAUCGGAGGAAACGAUUACAACGUCCCAUUCUUUGAAGGGAAAAAAUUAGAUGAGAUACUGACCUAUGUGCCUCGAGUUAUUGAUGCCAUAAGUUCAGCAAUAGAUGAAUUGAUUGGCCAGGGAGCAAAAACACUGGUAGUUCCCAGCUACUUACCAGUUGGAUGCCUCUCCGGAUUCCUCACAAUAUACCCAGACUCUACAAAAGACCCGAAGUCUGGCUGCGUCAAAUGGCUAAAUGAAUUCGCAGAGUUAAGCCAGUGAUCAGAAA